AAUAGUAUAUAUGGUUGUUGGGAAGGGACACCAUAAACUACUGCGCUCAGCAACAGAUUUUUUUCUUCUUCCCACACACCUUAAACGACGACUGUUUCAGACCCACGGUGCCGGUUGGUGGUGCAGCCUUUACGCCGAUCUCACAAACCACGUUCUAUCCAUUAUUCUCAUCAAAACCAAACCCCUCCCUCCUCUUUACCCACAAACCCUAAUUCAGAAGACAGGAGAAGGCUGACAUAAUUAUUGAGGGAGGAUGGAGUAACUUCAUGAAGCACCGUGUAAUAAUGCAAAUGGCAUCUUCUUCAGACACUUGGAUGAAAGAAUAUAAUGAAGCUGUAAAACUUGCUGAUGAUAUCACUGGCAUGAUUGCUGAACGUAGUUCAUUUCCUGCAUCUGGACCCGAAACCCAGCGGCAUGCAUCUGCUACAAGAAGGAAGAUCACGAUAUUAGGGACCAGGCUUGAUAGCUUGCAAUCUCUUUUGUCAAAGGUCCCUGCGAAAACUGAGAAGGAGAUGAAUCGUCGCAAGGAUAUGCUUGGAAACUUGAGGACUAAAGUUAACCAAAUGGCUUCAACAUUAAACAUGUCAAACUUUGCAAAUAGGGAUAGUUUGCUUGGGCCAGAAAUAAAAUCAGAUGCAAUGAGCAGAACUGUUGGGCUGGACAACAGUGGACUAGUUGGUCUUCAACGGCAAAUUAUGAAAGAACAAGACGAUGGCCUUGAGAAAUUGGAGGAGACUGUAAUCAGUACUAAACAUAUUGCGUUGGCAGUGAAUGAAGAGCUGGAUCUACACACUAGACUCAUUGAUGACUUAGACGAACAUGUAGAUGUUACAGAUUCUCGGCUGAGGCGAGUUCAAAAGAACUUGGCAGUUUUGAACAAACGUACCAAGGGUGGUUGCUCCUGCUUGUGCAUGCUUCUAUCAGUGAUCGGUAUAGUGGUUUUGGUUGUCGUCAUAUGGCUGUUGAUCAAAUAUUUGUAAAGAUAAAAAUACCCAACUCGUGAACUCUCUUUUUUAUGUUUCUAAAUAUGUGCAUUGAAAUAUGGCAACGUGUUUCUUUGUUUUUAUCACUCGUUGUUUUGGAAAUGACAGGGAAUUUACUUUGUUGAAAGGUUUUGUUUUGUAAUUCUCAGUUUUAAAGUUUUGCCUUGGAGUGUUUCUGUUGUAAAAAUCAUUAUAUCGAAAGUGGCUUCCAUUAAUGACUUGUUAAGCCAAUUUGUGCC